AUUAAAAAUUCUAAGUAAUGCCAGGCUGUGGAGGAGGAGAGCAGCCUCCAUCCAGUGGUGUGCUCUUUUUAAGCAUCCGCCCAUUCGAGAAAUCAGUGUUGCAGAGUUGCCCCCGAUUAGAAAAAGAAAUUCGCCAUUAUGUCUGAGGCAUUCCAAAAAGCUGCAGAAGAGGUGAAAAACCUUGCUGCUAGACCAACAGAUGCUGAAAUGCUUGAAACAUAUGGCCUUUAUAAACAAGUCACAGUUGGAGACUGCAAUACUGAACGACCAGGAUUCUUGGAUUUUACAGGCAAAAGUAAACAUGAUGCAUGGAGUAGCAAAAAAGGUAUGAGCAAAGAGGAAGCCCAAGAAAAAUACAUAAAACUUGCAGAAGAACUGAAAUCCAAAUAUGGAAUGAAGUGACAAUGAUUUAGCUUAUAAACUUUUAUGAUAUUUGAAUUUUUUGUGCAUUUUUAUGCCCAUAGGUUUAUGGUUGUUUUGUUCAUGGCCAUAGAAUGUCUUCCAGUUCUUAUCAGAUUUUAAGUUUAUCCUCUCAGUUUAUGAACAAGAAUCUCUAUCAUAGAAAUAGUUGUCACA